CGGAGGGGGUCCCCGGGGGCAGAGCUCCCCGGAAGCGCGCGCGCCUCGGCGCAGGGCCGGCCGGACUGAUGAUGUUGCCCCUAAAAGUGGAAUCCUGACACCUUCCAUUGCAUCGUGGGAAUCUAGAAAGCCCGAAUCAAGAAAGCCAUGCAGGAGGACUCAGAAGCCGAUUCUCCCCUGGGUGAUGGAAUAGUGAUUGAGCCCUUCAAGCAGGGGGCAGGGGUGUCCUGUCCUGAGCCCCACAGCCACGUUGACGAGGAGGACACAUCAACCCUGCCACCAACGGCACCACCUCCGCCUCGUGGGAAGGGUGACCGCCCUUACGCCUGUGGCGAAUGCGGCAAGGCUUUCAGCCAGUGGUCAAAACUGGUGCGCCAUCGGCGUAUCCACACCGGGGAGCGCCCGAACACGUGCACCGACUGCGGCAAGUCCUUCACGCAGAGCUCACACCUGGUGCAGCACCGGCGGACGCACACGGGCGAGAAACCCUAUGUCUGCGGCGACUGCGGCAAAGCCUUCUCGUGGAGCUCGAACCUGGCCCAGCACCAGCGGACCCACACAGGCGAGAAACCAUACGUGUGCCGGGAGUGCGGCAAGGCCUUCUCGCAGAGCACCAACCUCAUCAAACACCAACGCAGCCACACGGGCGAGAAACCCUACCGCUGCCCCGAAUGCCCCAAAAGCUUCUACCGCUCCUCGGAUUUGAUCCAGCACCAGAUAACUCACACCGGCGAGCGCCCCUUCAAAUGCGAUGAGUGCGGGAAGGGGUUCACCCAGAGCGCCAACCUCGUGAAACAUCGCAAGAUCCACGCCGGGGAGAAACCCUUCCGCUGCAACGACUGCGGGAAAACCUUCAUCCAAAGUUCGGAGCUCAUCCAGCACCAGCGCACCCAUUCAGGGGAAAAGCCUUAUCAGUGCCAAGAAUGCGGCAAACGCUUCGGACACGGCGCCACCUUGGUCAAGCACCAGCGGCUCCACAUGGGGGUCGAGCCGUACCGGUGCGCCGACUGCGGGAAGACCUUUGGGCUCAGCUCGGCGCUGGAGCGCCACCGGCGGUGUCACAGCGAGAGCCGCCCGUACGCCUGCGGCGAAUGCGGCCAGAGCUUCUCCCUGGCCUCUAAUCUGACCCUGCACUCCCGCAUCCACCGGGGUGAGAAGCCGUACCGCUGCGCCGACUGCGGCAAGUGCUUCGGCAUGAGCUCCACCCUCAUCCGCCACCAGCGGAUCCACACGGGCGAGAAGCCCUACGCCUGCCCCGAUUGCGGGAAGGCCUUCGUCCGAAGCUCGCACCUCACCCAGCACCGGAGGACCCACACGGGGGAGCGGCCCUACCACUGCGAGGAGUGUGGCCGCCGCUUCUCUCAGAGUUCCAACCUCAUCACCCACCAGCGCAUCCACAUGGAGGAGCGGCCCCACGUCUGCCACGGCUGCGGCCGUCGCUUCGCCCAAGAGGACGAGCUGCAGCGCCACCAGGAGGAAGAGGAUGGGAAAUGCACCAACAAAGAAGAGGUCAGAGAGCCAGAAGACCAUGCAAGUGGAAAGAACUGUGAGGACAGCGGCGCGCCCGUACCACCCAAAGAGAGCCACGUGACUUGUCCCGUGUGUAGGCUGGACUGUAAUGACGCUGUCGCCCUGGCGCAGCAUCAGAAGAGCCACGUGGCCCAUCUUUGUGACGUAUGUGGGCAUGGCUUCCGAAACAGCGCAGCACUCACGCGGCACAGAGAAAGCCACACCUCUUUCAUAUGUACCGAAUGCGGGAAGAACUUUGAGGACGCCGGUGCCUUGACCUGCCACCGGGAAAGUCACACGUCGUGGAUAUGCGGCGUUUGCGGGCAAAACUGCGAGGACAGCUUGGCGCUGGAACAGCACGAGGAAACCCACCCCUUGCCCAUCUGCGGCACCUGCGGGGAGAGUUUUGGGCACAGGGAAGCGCUUUCGUUGCACGAGGAGGAGGGGAAGUGUAAGGAGCGCACGAAGCUCUUGUUGGACCGAGAAUCCACCAAGGCGCUCGCGUGUCUGGACGGCGAGGAGGGUUUUGGAGUCGAGGCUGGCCUCGCACGACACGCAGGGCACAGGGGACGCGGCAAGGAGGAUCGUACGGGCCUGGCGGAUAAGAAGCAGGGCCCCAAAAGACUUCACCCUUGCUCUGAGUGUGGGCAGGCCUUCUGCAGCAGCUCGAAGAGGCUGGCUCUGUCCGUGUCUUUUUGCAUGCUGGUGUGA